CUCGGCAUCUUCCAGAUGGCUGGAUUGAGCUUCAAAACCCUGACUCCUCUGGGGGUGCGGAGGCACGGUAAUGUCUGUGAGUCUUUUGGGUUCUUCUGCUAACAGCCCCCCAGGUUUCCCACCAUCACCACCCUAUGCCUAAGUCCUUCCCCUCUGCUGCAGGAGCAGUCUUCCACUCCUUCACCCUCCUAAGUCUCCCCCACCAGCCAGACCCAUGGCCCCCCAUGAAGCUUGAAGUCAGAGCCAAGACCCCAACUUGCCUGGUAGCUGACAUCUGGAUUCCAGAAAGGAAUCAGAUUGUGGGGGGUUGAGGGGGGUAAUGAGCAGAGACUUGGGUGUCAGAUACUUCUAGCCAGCAGGACAGGAGCAGGGCAAAGGUGGGAGCACAGGGAGCCUGGUCUCCAGGUCCAACUGGAGGGCCUUUGCCUGCUGCCACUCCCGGCAUCUCUCCGCCCCCUCCCCCCUACAGCCUCGUGGCUUGUCCACAUCUGGAAGUAGUUAGGCGGCUCCUGUCCCGGAUUGCCAGGCAGGACCUGUGUUCCUGUGCGGAGGGGAUGUGACUGGGGAGUCGGGUUACGUGGCAAGUGAGGGCUUUCCUAACCUCUACCCCCCCAAUAAGGAGUGCAUCUGGACAAUAACGGUGAGAAAGCCCUUCUGAUCACUGUCCCCUUAUCAAAGUCUCCCAGGCAAGGAGUGCCCCCUGCCAAGCACCACCUUCCCAGCGCUGCUCUCCCUCUGCUCACUGAGGGCAUCUAGUCCUUACAAUAACAAGUGCCCUGCACUUUAUUUUAGUUGUAGAUAAACAGCAUGCCAUCUUUUUUGUUGUUGUUUAAUGUGAUGCUAAGCACAUGUGGUUCCUCACAUGUGCUAGACAAGUGCUCUGCCUCUGAGCUACAGCCCCAGAAUUAAUUAAUUCUUAAUUCAUAUCUCCAAUCCUGAUUCCCUACUCCCAACUUCCUUUCUGUCUUUGCUAAUAUCUCCUGAGACCAUAGGCUAUUGCAGAGCCCAGACCCUUUGCUCUGCACCUGAAUGAGGUCCCUUCUAGUCCAGGCCAUUUCAAUAGAAGAUGCUUGUGGAAGGAGAGAUGCCCUCUGUCAGGGUUGUGUGUAGUCUGACUCUGUGGGUCCCCUGCCUCUGGCGCCACCAUCAGGUCCCUGAGGGCCAGACUGUGUCUCUCUCCUUCCGAGUCUUCGACCUGGAGCUGCACCCCUCCUGCCGUUAUGAUGCUCUGGAAGUCUUUGCUGGAUCUGGAACCUCUGGCCAGCGGCUUGGACGCUUCUGCGGGACCUUCAGGCCAGCGCCCCUAGUCGCCCCCGGCAACCAGGUCACCCUGAGGAUGACAGCCGACGAGGGCACAGGAGGACGAGGCUUCCUGCUCUGGUACAGCGGGCGGGCCACCUCCGGCACCGGCCCCCCCCCAGGCUCGAGGCGGAAAUGGGUCAUGGACCCGCGGGUGGAAUGGGCGGCCUGGGGUUACUGGGACGAGCACCAGUUUUGUGGGGGGCGGAUGGAGAAGGAACAGGGAACCUUGACCACGCCCAAUUGGCCAGAGUCUGAUUACCCCCCGGGCAUCAGCUGUUCCUGGCACAUCAUCGCACCCCCAGACCAGGUGAUCACGCUGACCUUUGGGAAGUUUGACCUGGAGCCAGACACCUACUGCCGCUAUGACUCGGUCAGCGUGUUCAACGGAGCAGUGAAUGAUGAUGCCAAGAGGCUGGGAAAGUUCUGCGGCGACACAUCCCCUGGCCCCAUCUCCUCAGAAGGUAAUGAGCUUCUGGUCCAGUUCGUCUCAGAUCUCAGUGUCACCGCCGACGGCUUCUCAGCCUCCUACAGGACCGUGCCACGAGGCACUGCUGAAAAGGGGCCAGCCCCAAACCCAGGGAAGGACACCAGGCCAGGUCCCCCAUCUCUAGGCCCUGGCCCAAAACCUGGAGCUAGGCCCAAAGUCAAGCCACCCACCAAGCCCAAACUCCAGCCUGGAGAGAAGCCAGAGGUCUUACCUGAAGCCCAAGCAACUCCACUGGGCCCUGAUACACCCAGUGUCCCUUGCCCAAAGCAAUGCCGGAGGACAGGCACACUGCAGAGCAACUUCUGUGCCAGUGAUCUUGUGGUGACUGCAACAGUGAAGUCCAUGGUUCGGGGCCCAGGAGAGGGUCUCACUGUCACUGUCAGUCUCAUUGGUGCUUAUAAAACUGGAGGACUAGACCUGCCCUCUCCGCCCACUGACACCCCCCUGAAGUUUUACGUGCCCUGCAGGCCAUGCCCCCUCAUGAAGAAAGGACUCAAUUAUCUGAUUAUGGGCCAAGUGGAUGAGAACAGAGGUCCCAUCAUUCCUUCAGACAGCUUCGUGGUUCAACACCGGCCCAGCCAGGACCAGAUCCUCACCAACCUCAGCAAGAGAAAGUGUUCUUCCCAACCUAGGCAAGCUGCAGAGUCUCAGGCCUAAGAGCCAGGCCAGCUGCAGCCCAAGGCUCAUGUGCUGCCUUUCUUAUCCAAAUAAAUGUUUCUCAACUGAG